GUGGGGGCGGGGCCGGUGGGCUCGGGUGCCGCGUGGCGGAUGCAGGAGGCUGGGCUCUGUCGUGCUUGUGUGCCGGAGUAGCCGCGCUUUCUCUGCUGCCCUACAGAGCCGGCGUCAGCUGUGAAGGUUGUGGGUCCUGGACCUCCAAACAUGAGCGUAGGGUUCAUCGGGGCAGGGCAGCUAGCCUUUGCCCUAGCCAAGGGCUUCACAGCUGCAGGUGUUCUGGCUGCUCACAAGAUAAUGGCCAGCUCUCCAGAUAUGGACCAAGCCACAGUCUCUGCCCUCCGGAGGAUAGGGGUAAACCUGACACCCCAUAACAAAGAGACGGUGUGCCACAGUGAUGUGCUCUUCCUGGCUGUGAAGCCCCACAUCAUCCCCUUCAUCCUGGAUGAAAUCGGUGCUAACAUCGAGGACAGGCACAUUGUGGUGUCUUGUGCAGCAGGUGUCACCAUCAACUCCAUUGAAAAGAAGCUGAUGGCGUUCCAACCUGCUCCCAAAGUCAUCCGAUGUAUGACUAACACCCCGGUCGUGGUACGGGAGGGGGUUACUGUGUAUGCCACAGGUACUCACGCCCAGGUGGAGGAUGGCAAGCUUGUGGAGCAGCUCAUGGGCAGCGUGGGCUUCUGCACAGAGGUGGAGGAAGAUCUGAUCGAUGCUGUCACAGGGCUCAGUGGCAGCGGCCCUGCCUAUGCCUUCACAGCCCUGGAUGCUCUGGCAGAUGGCGGUGUGAAAAUGGGGCUUCCAAGACGCCUGGCAGUCCGCCUUGGGGCCCAGGCCCUCCUGGGGGCAGCCAAGAUGCUACUAGACUCAGAACAACAUCCAGGCCAGCUCAAGGACAAUGUCUGCUCUCCUGGCGGGGCCACCAUCCAUGCUUUGCAUGUGCUGGAGAGUGGGGGCUUCCGCUCCCUGCUGAUCAACGCUGUGGAAGCCUCCUGCAUCCGUACACGGGAGCUGCAGACCAUGGCUGAUCAGGAAACUGUCUCCCCUGCUGCUAUAAAGAAGACUGUACUGGACAAGGUGAAGCUGGACUCCUCUGCUGGGGCCUCUCUGUCUUCUGGCCACGUUAAGCCGCUGCCCUGAAACCUGGUCCCAGCAGGCAAGGAAUGAUUCAUCUGCCAGCCUUCCUCCUGUUCCCUACUUCCUUUCUUUUCUUCUCCUUUCCUUUUCUCUCCCUUUCUUUUAAAGCAGGGUUUUGCAGUGUAGUCCAGGUUAGCUCUGAACUCUUCAUCCCUCACUCUAGUCUCCCAAGUGCUAGAAUUAUGGAUGAAAGUUACUAUAGUAUGCCAGACUCCUUUUUUCUUGUAAGAUAGUGACUUGAUGUUGCCCAGACAAGACUUGAACUUACGGGCUCAGGGCAUACUCUGAUUUCAAUUCCAUUAAGUAUACAACACCUGAGUGACUCAGUUCUUCUCUUCUUACUUGAAGCUUCUCCAACAACACAGAAUAUCCCCACAGCAGGCCCUUACCCACAGCCAGGUCAGCCAGGAAGGGGACAUCACUUACAACUGGGGACCUCCAUUGAUACUCAAGUGCCAGCUCAAAGCUGGGUGGGUUCUCAGACCUCCCCCUCUUCAGCUUCCUCUGGAGCUCAGGCCUGUGGUCUUUAUUCUCCUUAGUUUCAGGGUCAGCUUGCCAGGCUUAGCCAUGGCCCCUUCCUGUGAUCCACUCACAGGGUUCCUUUCUGUGACGACCAGCUAGUCCCACACAUCCUGUACCUCCUUCUGGGUACUUAAUGCUUUACCAAUGAUCCCACUAGGCAUUUGGGAAAAGAACUUCUCAGGUAGCUGAUGAGACUCUUGUAUGUUCCUCAACUCAGCAAAUACUGCUACUUUUCUUCCUAUCCUUUCAGUUGAAUAAUAAAAAAAUUUCCCAAAA